CCCUUUUUCCCGCUCCAUUGACAGCAGAGGGAAAACUUCCCCGGCCAUGGUGGUUUUGGAUCUGCCUAGCACUGCUUCCUACGGCGACGGAAUGCUGCCGAUGGAGCAUUUAUCCUGCGGCGAAAGUCGACGGCGUAUACUUCCAUCACUCCUCCGUCUUCAUAAAAUUAAGGUCUAGGUGUCCCAACCUCGUACAGGAACUCUUCCCGGACGUACAAUGGAUGAACCAACCAAGCAUAGGGUUCUGAUGGUGUCAGAUUUUUUUUUUCCUAACUUUGGUGGUGUGGAGAGCCAUAUCUACUAUCUCUCGCAAUGCUUGCUUGAGCUUGGACACAAGGUGGUAGUGUUGACACAUGCCUAUGGAUCACGUUCUGGUGUUCGGUAUAUGACUGGUGGUUUAAAGGUCUAUUAUAUACCUUGGAAGCCAUUUCUGAUGCAAAACACACUGCCCACAUUUUACGGGACCUUUCCAAUUUUAAGAACAAUACUCAUUCGUGAGAGAAUAUCCAUAGUGCACGGGCAUCAGGCAUUCUCAACUCUUUGUCACGAGGCUUUAAUGCAUGCAAGAACGAUGGGCUUUAAGGUCGUGUUUACUGACCAUUCGCUAUGUGGAUUUGCUGAUAUUGGGAGCAUCCACAUGAACAAGGUACUGCAAUUCACUUUGGCAGAUGUUAGUCAGGCCAUAUGUGUGUCUCACACAAGCAAAGAGAAUACAGUCCUGCGCUCAUGCCUGCCCCCAGACAAGGUGUUUGUGGUACCCAAUGCUGUGGACACGGCUAUGUUCAAGCCUGCUAAAGAGAAACUCAGUAAUGACAAGAUUAUUAUUGUCGUUGUCAGCAGACUAGUUUAUCGGAAAGGGGUGGAUCUGCUAGUUGAGGUUAUACCAGAAGUCUGCCGACUGCACCCUAAAGUUUAUUUUAUAAUUGGAGGAGAUGGGCCUAAACGUGUAAGAUUGGAAGAGAUGAGGGAGAAGCACUCUUUACAAGACAGGGUUGAAAUGUUGGGAGCAGUACCACAUGCACAAGUUCGAUCUAUCCUUGUUCGUGGUCAUAUUUUCUUGAAUAGUUCCCUUACUGAAGCUUUUUGCAUAGCAAUUCUAGAAGCUGCUAGUUGUGGCCUGCUUACAGUCAGCACAAGGGUUGGAGGUGUUCCAGAGGUUCUACCAGACGACAUGAUUGUGCUUGCAGAUCCCAUACCUGGUGAAAUGGUUGAUGCAGUAAGUAAAGCCAUCAAGAUGCUUCCAGAGAUAGAUCCAUAUUCCAUGCACAGCCGGGUGCAAAAGUUAUACAGUUGGCACGAUGUAGCAAGGAGAACAAAGAUUGUUUAUGAUUCAACAUUGAACUGCAGUUCUGGAAAUCUUCUAGAACGCCUAUCACGGUACUACAGAUGUGGCGCUUGGGCAGGAAAACUCUUUUGUUUGGUUAUGAUUCUAGAUUUUUUGUUGUGGUGUUUCUUAGAACUAUGGCAGCCAUCAGAUGAUAUAGAAAAGGUUCCAGAUAUUCUUCCUUCUCAAGAACACUGGCAUUUAGAUGGGAAUGCAACCAGUGACUGAAUAUGUAGCUAAAUGGCAGAUCAAACAUGCGAUUCAUCAAUCAUCAAAGAGGAAGCUCCUGGGAAAUGGAUGCUAUUUUCAUCAUUCACAUGUAUUCGUUUCUAUGCUGAUUCACAUUCAAACAUAUGGAAACCUUAGGGUUCCCCGAGCCAUUUUCUACAGGUCAAGAACUAUCAACCAGAUGCAUCUACAUGGACUUUUGGAUUGACUUUGAAUCACUCUCACAUUGAGGAAAUCCUCCAAACUGACAAUUGGGCUUAAUUUUUGUCUGGCAGUGAUGAUCUCUGCAAGUUCUGAAUGCCACACGCUUGCUGCAAUUUGAACAUUGUGAAAGUGCUUCCGUCUUGUUGCAGCUUGCUGCUUGGACAUUCAUGUGACAUUUCGAAAGUUGUACCAUCUCGUUUACUUGUAAAAGUGUUGUACUUGGCAAUUUUGUUUAUGAUAAAAAUGCACUCUUUGCUA